AUGAGGGCGUUUCUCUUGUUGGUAGUCGUGGUGGGCGCCGUCGUUGCGGACGAAGCAGUGGACGUGGCGAAGCCCGUCGUGUUGGAGGAGAAAGCUCAAGAGGUCAAAGCGGAAGGGAAGACGAUUGAAGCCAAGGCAGAGGGGAAGGAGGUGGACCUCGGCUCCAGGACGGCGGUCGGCGACAUCGGCGAAAGGAGCGCCGUCCCGGCAGCGCCCAUCUACCCGUACCCAUACUCGACGUACUACUGGCCGUAUGUGACUCUCGCGGCGCCUUCGCAACUUGCGCGCUCGGACGGUAAAGGUGUCGUCCCAGCAGCACCCUACUACUACCCGUAUGCCUACACGUAUCCCUACUACACGUACCCGUACGCACCUGUAGUGGCGGCGGCACCUGCACCUGCACCAGCACCAGCACCACCUGUUGGAGCAUCCGUGUACUACGGCAACUGGCAGUAG